AUGUUCCGCUCAGCCUUUCUCCGGUCUCUUCGCACCGCCUCCAUGCCUCGCACCGUGAGGAACUCAUCGACAGUCCGUCAGCUCCCCAGAGCCUCUGCCAUCGUCCGACAAGCUCAAUUCGCUCCUUGCAUCUCCUAUCAGACCAUCCGAUCGUAUUCUGCCCCCGCCGGUCUUAACCAGACGGAGGUUGAGGGAAGAAUAGUUGAUCUCUUGAAGAACUUUGACAAGGUCACUGAUGCCUCGAAGAUUUCGCCUACAUCGCAUUUCACAAAUGAUCUCGGGUUAGACAGCUUGGAUACUGUUGAAGUCGUGAUGGCCAUUGAAGAGGAGUUCAGUAUUGAGAUCCCGGACAAGGAAGCCGACUCAAUCCAUAGCAUCGACCAAGCUGUUCAGUACAUUCUUUCCCAGCCCGAUGCUCACUAA